GACUGACGGUCAGUUGCUGUGCGACAAUGGGUCGAAGAGGUCCGUUACGGUUGGGCCUGGCCCUUGCAGUUGUUUUAGUGGCUCAAGCUGUGACUGGACAAGACGCAUGUCGAUCAGGAUGCAAAGGAGCAUCGCAAGUCUUCAAAUACUCGGUAGGCACGACGUACAAGUACCUCUAUGAUGGCAAAAUCGACAUCACCCUCUCCUCAGCCGAAGGACAAACGACCAGCACUGAAGUCAAGGCCGUGGUACUACUGACGCAACAUGCGGAUUGCAAUCUGGUCCUACGACUUCAAAACGUCCAAAUAUUGGGCGCUAACGGAAAGAAAUUCGGACAGAUCCCAGACAUCGAAAAGCCCGUACGGCUAAAUUUCCACGACGGACACGUGGAGGACAGCAUCUGCGUGGAGCCGGGCGACAACCAAAACUCCAUCAACGUGAAACGAGCCAUCGCUUCGUUGUUCCAAGUCAACCUGAAGAACAGCUACGAAACCGACGUGUUCGGCCUGUGCCCCACGGAGAUCGCCCAGCAGAAAGAAGGCAACGUCCUGCUGAUCCAGAAGAGCAAGGACCUGAACAAGUGCGCCUACAGGGAAACCCUGAGACAAGACUUCUUCUCCACGGUCUUCAAUUUGAACAGCGAGAUCAAAUCCAGUCCCAUCCUAGACGGAGACUACAAGGCAAAGAUCAGGGUGAAGAACGGCCUCGUCGAACAGGCCAACGUGGUGGAGAACUACCUAUACAAGCCCUUCUCCGUGGGCAAGAACGGCGCCAAGGCCGAGGUGAUCUCCACACUCCGAUUAACCGGCACCUCCAAAGACAAUCCGAGGACGCAAUGCAGCCAACCUAGGUCCAUCAUCUUCGAGAGCCCCCACGAGGUGGUGGCGCAGACCAGCAACGUCAACAGCAUCUUGACCGCCGUUAGAGACGUCGCCAAGACGAUAGACGUAGUGGUCGGAGAACAAACGGCUAAGGAAUUCGUCACUCUAAUCAAAACGAUCAGGGCUAGCAAGAAAGACGACCUGCUGACGGUCUACAACCAAGUUAAGUCCGGUGCCGGUAUCAACGGCGGCAAGAAGAUCUUCCUGGACGCCCUACUCGAAGCGGGCUCGGGAGAGAGCAUCGAAGUAGCUAUUACCUUGCUGAGGAACAACGAAUUGGGAGAAGUGGAGGCGAAAUUAGUAUAUAUAGGCUUGUCUCUGGUGCGUCACGCCACCGAAUCCUCCCUCAAUGCUGCCACAACCUUGCUGAACCAACGCGACCUGCCUUACGAAGCCUACCUGGGCGUCGGCAAUCUGGCCGGUAGAUACUGCAGCCAGCAUUCCUGCAAGAACGUGGAUGCCGUCAAUAAGUUGACCCAGAAACUCGUGCAGAAACUGGGCAACGGCAGACCUAGCAACCGCCAGGAAGAACACCAGAUAAUAUACGCGCUGAAGGCACUGGGCAAUUUCCGUUACCUUAGCGAUUCCUUCCUGCAGAAGAUCAUCGCCAUAGCUCAGGACAAGAACGCUCCCAACAGGCUGAGGGUGGCCGCGCUAGAAACCUACCUGGCCGAUCCCUGCAAGGACAAGUUGAGGACCAGCGCCGUACACAUUCUCCAGGACAUCCAACAAGACUCCGAGGUGAGAAUCAAGGCCUAUUUGGCGGCUGCGCAGUGUCCCAACGCUCAAGUCGCCACCGCGGUUAAAACCGUCCUAGAAAAAGAACCCAGCUAUCAAGUCGGUGGUUUCAUCGUGUCCCACAUCCGCAACAUAAGAUCCUCCGCUAACCCAGACAAGGAACAAGCCAGGCAGUACCUAGGCUUCAGCAUCCCCAAGAAGUUCCCCGUCGAUUUCAGGAAGUGGUCGUACAACGGUGAGUUCUCCUACGCCAUCGACACCCUAGGAAUCGCCGCGUCCACCGAGGCCAACAUCAUCUACUCCCAAGACUCCUUCCUACCCAGAUCCACGAGUCUGAACCUGACCGCCGAAGUAUUCGGACACACCUUCAACUUCCUCCAGAUCCAAACGAGACAGGAGAACCUAGACAAACUAGUGGAGCACUACUUCGGGCCUAAAGGCUUAUUGAAGACGUCGUCCUUGGGCGAACUGCUAAAGUCCAAUACUCAAUACGCCAACUCCGUUAUCGAACACUUGAAACAGAAAUUGGAGAGCACGUUGAGAGCCAGAAGGGACGUGUCCAGAGCGGAGAUAGAGAAUAUUGGAAAAGCCGUUCAGAUCAAGGAGAACGAGCUCAACAAGGACUUGGAUUUAGAUAUAAGCGUCAAAGCUUUCGGUUCCGAGAUAAUCUUCACCAACCUGAACAUCUACCAAACAGGACUGACGCCGGAAAAGGUGGUCGACAAGCUGAUCGCGGACUUCGCCAACGGUUUGGACAAACUCAGACAAUUCGAUGAAACCCUCUGUGCCAGCUUCCUCUUCCUGGACGUUGAAUUCGCCUAUCCCACUGGUCUCGGCUUUCCCCUACGCUUGGCCGCAGAAGGAACCUCCAGCAUCCAACUCAAAGCCAACGGAGGAGUGGACGUCCGCGCCUUGUACUCCGGCAAACCGUGCAACCUCCGCGUGCAACUUAUCCCCAGCGCCAACAUCGAGGUAGCCGCAAGACUGACCCUAGACGCUCUGGUGGUCGAGAACGGUCUCAAGACCGUCUCCACGCUCCACACCGCUACCGGAGGUGACCUGACCGUCAACUUAUUCAACGGACAGGACGGAGUCGACGUGAAAUUCGGCCUGCCCGUGAAGGAACAGAAAAUCAUAUCCGCCACCCACGAGAUCGUCUUCCACACGAGAGAACAGGCCGGCCGCGAGACCAACCUCCCGCUCAAAUUCGCCCAAUCCAAGGACUUCUCCAUCUGCGCCGAUCAACUGAGUCCCUUCAUAGGCCUGACCUUCUGCGGCGAGAUCAACGGCCCCAACCUAGCGGGAAAAGACGUUCCCGUGUUGCCUUUCCCGCUGGCGGGAGACGCCAAAGUUGCCGUGACUAUUGAGAACGACGACGUCAAAGAAUACCACUUCAGAAACGUCGUCAACAGGGAACGCACCUCCGGGGAAAUCGUCGUCGAAACCAUCGGCAAGAACGGCCAGAAGAAGGUCAGCUUCCAACUCAACGCCGAGAUACACCCGGAGAGGUACAUCAAGGCCACCUUCACUUCACCGGUCAAGACCGCCACAGCGGAAGCCCGCAUCACUACUAACGCCCACGAGAAGUCGCUCUCCCUCAAAGCAGGCUACGAUCAGACCUUGCUCUCCGGAAAAAUCGGUGUUGCUAUUUCCGGAUCGCCCAACAGAGCCGUGUACAGGCCAAUCUUGGAAUACCAGAAACCGGGCAAAGGGCAACAGCUGCCUGUGAACGUGCAGGGCCAGAUCAUCGUGGAACAACAAGGGCCCAAUCAGAAGUACAUCUUCGACAACGUGAGGAUCAUCUUACCCGACAGGAGUACUUACAGCGUCCAAGGAAACAUCGGCAACGACGGACACGACUUCUUCACCGACCUGACCGUCUCGAACGGCCAACAGUCGGGAUCGCUAACAGGAAGGCUACAUGCCGACCCCAACCUCCUCAAAUACAACGCCGAGGUGAAGAACACCGUCAACCCCAACGCUAACUUCCACAUCAAGGGCGAGCUGAAAAGGGAGCCCGAGAAGCUCUCCAGCUACUUCCAGGUGAUCCACGGCGCCGAUCUGGGUUCCAAGACCAACAUCAUCACCCUGACGAACGUUAUCAGGCACUACAAGAACCCCAGGGAUUUCCGCAUCGGAACCGAGAAUAAACUGACUUAUCCUCUGGUGGGCAUAGACAGCAAGUUCGAGUAUGAACAAACCGUCAACACCUUGGAGUAUGACCUAGAAGUCCAGUACAACGACAUCAAGUUGGGUUCCGAGCUAGACGUCAAAAUCAACGAAAAGAAAGACGGCGACUUCAGCAUAGAAUUCGAACUGUACGGCCUGGACAACAAGGUAGAAUUCAAGUCGGAGAGGGAAGUGAACGGGGACGAAAGCAAGAUCAGCAACGAAGUGGAAGUGAACGGAAAAAAACUGGAAGUUAAAGGAACGAUACGUCACCACAUCAAGCCGUCCAUCGUCGACGUUGGUGCCGACUUAACCGUCGUGCUACCCACCCACAACACCCCCUUCAAAGUCGACAGCGGCCUCAAGUAUAACCCCAGCGAGCUGGACGCCCACCAUAAGGUCACGUCCGGAAGUACCGUCGUCGUAGACGCUUUCCUGAAGGCCAAUAAAGCGGGCAACGCCAACGGUAACGUCAAAGUCAACAUCAAGAAUCUGCUAGUGGUGAACGGUCACUUGAAGGCGAACAAAGGUAGCGGCAGCGGAGAGGUCCUCAUCGACGCGCAGAACUUUAAGAAGCAAGUCAAGAUAGAUUCCACCUUCCAGAUCCAACCUCCGUCGGUGUACAACGUAAUCUUGAACAUCUAUCCCUCCUACGCCACAGAUAAAAACCAGAAGAUCCACUAUUCGACGAACAACAAAAUCACAACUUCCAAUCUAGAUUCGAAGAACAUUUUGGACAUCCUCGGCAAGAAAUUGGAAUUCAACGUCAAGGGAUCCAAGACCGGAGACGACAACACGGGAAAGAUCAACGGGGAGUUCGAAGUCACCUUGCCGAACGACCAGUACUUGCUGGGGAAGGUUAACAGCGAUCGAAGACUAGCCAACGAUCUGCUCAACGGCCACGCCCAAAGCAGUUUGGAAUACAGGAGGAACAAGAACGCGCCUGGUCGCAAAGUGAGCCUCAAGUCGACCUACAGAAACACCAACAUCAAGGAGGGACUGUACGACAUCGAAUAUAACUUGGCUGCCGAUGAUAGCAACGGCAAAAACAUCAACGGCGAUUUCGCUUUCAAGGUCUCCAAAGAAGGCGUGGCCAGGAAUGUAGCAAUCAAGAACAAAAUCUACGGUUCCAUCAUCAGCAACCCAUUAGAGACCAGCCUAACUACCCAUUGCAAUGAAGGAGCGGGCAAGUAUGAAGCGCAGGCCUCAUACGGUCAAAAUGCGGCCUUGAAAGUAACUGGUAAAUACAACGUACCCGAGGCGGACAGUUCCCCACUUUCCGGUGAAAUUCAAAUCCAACUCACAAGUCCGAGCAACAAAUUGAAAACUCUACAAGUUGGAGUUUCUGGUUCGUUAGUUAAGCCCCAGUCGCCUUCGGACUACCUCCAGUUAGAAGGAUCCGCUUCGCUUUUCGCGGAUGACGAUGGGUCGGAGCCGAACGCGAUUGUAGAUUUCAAAGGACAGGGCCACGUCAGGACUAGCGACAAAGACGGAGAGAUAAAGGGAACCGUUAACUAUGGUAAACACGAACCCAUCUCCGCCGUGGCGGGAUACAGCAGCGCAGAGAACGGAAACCAGAAACGCCUCAACGGAAACGUGGCGGUACAGUACGGCCAGGGCAAAAACCUCAAAAUCGACGCCUCGUUGGCCAAAACUGGAGAACACCGAUACGUGUUGGAAGCCCAAGUGAACACCCCCUCAGAGAACUACAAGAACACCAAAAUCAUCGUUCAGACGCAGCGAGACGAGGACAGCAAACACGUCACCAGCAACGUCCAGGUGAUCAGCGACGGUAAGACCUGGACUUUAGACACGGAACUACUAUCUUCGGAGUUGUCCCCCUUGGUCGACCUCAAAUUGAAGUGCCCCGACGGCAAGCUCAGCCGAUUCUACGUCAAGGGCAAUAAGGUGAGCGAUGUGGAGUUCGGAGGUGAACUGAAGGUCAUCCACGAGAGCAAGAACUUCCUACUCGAAGGAGACGUAGACGCUAAUCUCGCAAACAUCGACCAGUUCUUCAUCAAGGCCAACCUUAACUCGCCCAACCUCAACCUCAACAAGAUCGUCUUCGAGGCACACAACAAACCGGGAAAAACUGGACGCCGAAUCAUCGUCACGGCUAAAUCCGCUGGUAAAAAUCUGUUAUCGGGAAGCACGAGUUACCAGACGAGAGAGGAUCAAGGGAAAUACGUAGUGGAAGGGUCGGGAUCCUUCAAAGUAAGGGAGGAAACUCAAACUGCCCACUUUAAGUACAUCGCGCAACGCCUGAACGAGCAGCAGCACGGAGAACAAGGCAUUGAAAUCAACUUCGACGCCGGAUUGGGCAGCAGGGCUAUAGAUGCGGAAUUCAAAGUCAGCAACAAGAACAGACAAUUCAGGGUACAGGGCUCCUACUGCGAGGCCAAGAAAGAGUGCGCCCACAUCGAAGUGGACUCCAAAAUCAACUCCAACGACGUGCAGUCCUACAACCAGGAGCUGGAGAUCAACGUGGACCUGCGCAAACUCGGUCUAUCCCACGAGUUCGGACUGAAAACCGUAACCAACAGAAACGGCUACGUCCUAGACCAUACCGUAGACGUACAUUUCCAAAGCCAGGAGAACAACAAGUACCAGUACAGCCUCUACAUCCACCCAACGCAAGCCGGAGUUUCCUUCACCACACCCAAGAGGAUCAUUGCAUUGGAGAGCCACGUGAGCAUCCCCAACGACGUUAAGCAGGGCGGAAAAGUUUCCGGAGAGAUCGGUUUCUACUUGGACAAAAGGAAUCAACCCAACAAAAAGACGGCGGUCAGUGGCUGGUUGGUCCUCGACGUCCAGAGGUAUUCCGUGGACGGAGACGCCAAACUCACCCAUCCAGGACUUCAAAGGCCCUUAUCAAUCUCAAUAAAGACUACCAAUAAUAGAGGUCAGUCUGGAGGAGACGUAUUAAUAGUCUCAGAAAUCGACGUAUUCGCCCAUCCUACCCAGAAAAUCGUUUCUACCCUGAAACUGGCUGGCACUGUCAAUUCCCAAGGCAGCUCUUCCGUAAGCACUGUUGCGACUAUCAAGAGUCAAGGUUUGGGCAUCGACAUCCAAUACACAGAAGAAGCGAGCGUAGACCGAAACACCUACUCCGCAGAGUAUCUGCUGCUUCUGAAAUACCGCGUGGGCAACUCCAACUACCACAACGAAUUCUCCGUCAAGGGAGGCAAGACGCAACUGGACGUGCUGCUCAGGCUGCUCAACGUGGACCUGCUCAGGGCAUCUAACAGGCUCAACCUCAACAAGGAAGAACAGAUCAUCGAUUCCGAAGUGUCCUCCUAUGACAACAACCCUCUAGUGUCUCGCCUCGAAAUAAAAAAUUUCAACACCUUCAAGUACACCUUAGGAUUCAAGAACACCCCCAGGAACAAGAUCCAGUUCAACGGUGGCUUGAUUCCUGGCCAAAUAGCCGACGUACGCUCCGAUCACGUCACGGGCAGCGGAAAAAUCAAUCUAUUCCACGCCACUUUGAAGCUAGACGACGCCAACUUCUUCAAACCCGACUACAGCAUCAAUUCCAACGAAAUCGAAAACGUCCUCGACCAAGGCAAGAACAAGUUCUCCACGUACAUAAACGGCCUGCAGAACGUCGGCAAGGAAUGGUCCAACGACAUCCGCAAGGAGGUAACUCAGAUCGGAGAGCUGUCCAAACGCGCCGCCCCCAAUCUGAAACCCCUUAAGGACUACUACACAUCCGAACUGCAAAAGAUCAAGAACGAGAUCUUAUCCGACAAGUCCGUAAAAGAACUAGGCGAACUCUUGAAGAACAUCUUCGGGGCCAUAGCUCAUUCCUUGGGGGAAAUCUUCUCCAAGGUCAGCGAACUGGUGGAGACCCUCGUGCAUUCUCUCCAAACGACCUUCGCCCACGUCAUCGAGACCAUCGACAAGGAACUGAUACCGCAGCUGAAGGAAUUCGCAGAAAGGCUCACGGCAAUCGCCGCGGAUCUGUCGAAAACCGUCGUCGAGAUCGUGGCGAGCUACCUGGCCACCAUCAGUCAAUUGAUCGAGAAAUACCAACCGGAAAUCAAGCAGUUGGCCGCCGUAUUCGGAGAACUAGGACAAGACGUCGGCAGGUUCAUACAAAAGGCCUACGAACACGUCAGGAUCAUAUUAGUGGAGCAAUGGAAGAUCAUCUACAAUGAAAUCCAGGCAUUGCCUGUGUUCGACGAUCUUAGAGCCCAAUACGAUGAAUUCGUGAAGAACGGCCUACCAAAUGCAGAUGGUAUAUUGAAGGGCGUUAUAGAAAUAUCAGCAACCAUCAAGGAUGUCAUACCCCAGGACUUCAUAGUGGCCAAAGAGCUCAACGAAAUCAUAGACCUUACGGUGCAGUAUAUCCAAAAGAAACUCAAACAACAACCGGUGGAUGACUUUGCCGUCCUCGAGAAGAUCAUACAAACCGACAUCGCCUUGAUCAAGAAACUCCUCAGCGUUUGGUCCGCUCCGUCGUACGACGUCCAAAGCGCGCCCGCGCCCGUCUCUUUAGACUUCCUGAAGAAGCUGCCCAAGCUGGUGGCCGUCAAGUUCUCUCCCAUAGCGUAUCUCCUUCACGAAGACGCCUCCGACCAAGUAGUAACCUUCUUGCUGUCUCUGUUGAACAACCCUAGGCAGUGGCUGCCUCCAUUCCCACUGUUCGGAAUAGUCGUGCAAGGACAACACAUUUUCACUUUCGACGGAAAACAUCUCACCUUCCCUGGUAACUGCAAGUACCUCUUGGCAAGGGACGCCGUCAACGGAAACUUCACCAUCGUCGGCACUUACGCCAACGGGCUACUCUCUGCUAUCACCCUGGCUGACAAACACGACUCAGUGACUCUUAAAAAGGGAGGACAAGUGCUCCUGAAUAACGCACCUAGCGAGCUGCCCGCGCGCAAACCGGAACUAGCCGCCUACAGAGACUACCAGAUGAUAACCUUAACCUCCACGUCCGGCGCCACGGUCGUCUGUACCCCGGACCUAGUGGGCUGUACCGUAUCCAUCUCCGGUUUCUACCACGCCCAGAUCAAGGGUCUGUUAGGUAACGGUAACAACGAGCCCUACGAUGACUUCACUAUCCCCAACGGCAAGAUCGUCGCCGGCGAAGGAGAGUUCGCCAACUCCUAUAAGAUCGGCAACUGCGCUCCCGUCAACGUCAUACCCCACGACCAGCACCAGGAGAACCCCGUCUGCACUAAACUCUUCGGAUGGGAAUCUCCCUUGAGGUACUGCUACCCCUUCGUGCCUACCGAGAACUUUAAGGUGGCUUGCGCCCACGGAUUGGCUGCCGGAGUGAAAGAUACUGAGGCAGCCAUCGCCAAGGCCUACGUCGCGCUGUGCAACCACCGCAACAUCCCCAUCAGGGUUCCAGCUGAAUUGGUGAAAUGUACCAACAGCGACAAGAGUUUCAGCGUAGGGGACAAGUUCAGCGUGAAGGUGCCGGCCAAAGCCGCAGACGUAGUUCUUAUAGUGGACACGGAAAAACAGAAUGAGAACGUCUACACCACCCUGGUACAGCCUCUGGUGCAAGAGAUCAACAAAGAACUUCACACCAAAGGAAUCAACGACGUAGAGAUCCACCUCAUCGCCUACGGAGGAGAGAACCAAUGGCCCACCCACGUGACCGUCGGCGGCAAGCUGACCUUCAAGGGCAAAGCACCAAACCUGAAAUUCUCCGAGGCUCCCAAGAGUAAGCCUCUGCCGCCGGUCCUUGGGAUAUCCCCAGAGUAUCUACAGAUCGUAGACGGCAUCAUUCACGACUUGCACUUGGCAUUCGGUCAGAACCUGCAAGCCAGGACCUAUUCCGAAGCCAUCAGCUAUCCCUUCAGGGUGCACGCGGUCAAAUCCAUCAUCGUGAUCAACAGCAGGCCUUGCGAAGUAGGAAAAUUCUCAUUGCUCCAGAAGUUGAGGACCCUCUUGUUCAGAAACAGCCAGAUAUCCUUGAACUUGUUCACUCCCCUGGAAGGCUUCUCGGUGAAGGACGUCAAGAAAUCCAAAGACGUGGUGGGAUUCAACGACGAGAACGUCUUCACAGUGUCUCAGGCCAAGAAGAAGCCAGAGGGUACCGCCGAACUGUACAAGGACCUGCAGUACGACGACUACUGCGCCGACUUUACCAUCAAGAACCGUGGUAACGUCUUCGUGGUCGACAACUUCCUCGCCGGCAAACCCGAUAUCAAGAAGCAGUUCACACACAUAGCUUCUCACAAUAUCGUGGACCAACUGGUCAACAUAGAAGAAGGGUUGGACUGCGAGUGUCAACUGGUCAACCCUUACAGUGCAGAGAAUUUCUGCCACGAGAUCUACUCUAAAGAAAGGCCUACUAGGAAAGGCGCGUCGAAAGGAUAAACCGCUUAGCCUAGGACCUACUUCCUCCAAGACUAUAAACUAAGUUAUACUUUAGUGAUAAAGUUAUAUUUUUUACAACGCAAUGGUAUUGUAAUUUGUAUAGAUUGUAUUUAUGUAAUGAAUACAAUUAAUGAUUUUUACAAAAUCAA